AGUCUCUCGGAAGCGGAAGCGGCGGCUCCUCCCCCAGCGCCGAGCGGAGCCGCAGCAGGUUCUGGGAGUUGGUCCCCCCCGGACACGGAUGUCCUGGUCCCCAGGGGCACGUAGGAUCUGCCUCGGCCGCAGCCACAGGGGUGCCUGGGGCCAUGUCGCUGAGCCAGAGGAGCGACCUGGCCAAUGACAACAGCUGCCCGGGGCUGAGUUUGGCGCUGCGGGCGCCCCACAGCGAGCUGUUGAAUGGCACGCUGCCGUGCCAGGCCUCGCCCCCGGGGCACUGCCCUUGCGCCUGUCCCGCUCAACACAGCGCCCUGGGGCCCGGACCCCCGCCCGGUGAGGAGCCUGCCAAUGCCAAGUGGGUGAAGGACGGGCAGAACCAGCUGCGCCAGGCGGCCGAGCAGGACCAGAACCGCAAUGAGCUUGGUCCCCUCGCUACGGCGCUGCUCAGUGACCUGCCGCGGGGGGGGCCGGAGGAGGAGGAGGAGGACGGCGACUCCACCCCGGUACAGAGUGACCCCGUCACGGCCGAGUCGGAGCAGAGCUCGGAGCCCGGCCCCCGCGAACACGGCAAGAGCGCCAGCCUGCUCUUCGGCCCGCGGGCCAGCGCUGCCAGCGACGAGGACUCCAGCUGGGCCACGCUGAGCCAGGGCAGCCCGGCCGGCAGCUCCCCCGACGACACAGACGCCUCCUGGGCCCGCAACGCCUUUGAGACGGACUCGGACCUGCCUGCCGGGUGGGUGAGGGUGCAGGAUGCCUCGGGCACCUACUACUGGCACAUCCCCACAGGCACCACGCAGUGGGAGCCGCCCGCAGACCUGGGCCAGGGCGAGGGGGGCCGCGGCCCCGACCGUGACUCCCAGGGGAAUACGCCCACCGAGGAGCAGCAGCUCACCUGGACGGGCUUUGUGGAGGCCGAGCGCUUGGCAGAUGCCGAGGGCUGGAAGGACGUCCCGUCGGAGGAGGGGACCCCGGAGCCGGGGCAGCAGGACUUGGAGCAGCCCACCCUCCCCCUGGGAUUGCUGAGCCUCAGUGCGCGGAAAGCCGAGGAACAGAUGCUGCAUCUGGGCUCGCCCCUGGGCUCCAAGAGCUUCCCGGUGCAGUCGCUGGGCUGGGUGGAGAUGAGUGAGGAGGAGCUGGCGCCAGGCAAGAGCAGCGCGGCCGUGAACUCCUGCAUCCGCCAGCUGGCCGGCCGCGGGGCCCCCCCACCGGGGGGCUGGGGCCAGGGCCGGGCCAUGCUGCUGCUCCUGGACCGCGAGACGCUGCGGCUGGUGGAGCCGAUCGAGCGGACGCUGCUGCACGCCCAGCCUGUGGCCAGCAUCCGUGUGUGGGGCGUCGGCCGGGACGACGGCAGGGACUUUGCCUACGUGGCCCGGGACCCGCUGACACAGAUGCUGAAAUGCCACGUGUUCCGGUGCGAGAUGCCAGCCAAGGGCAUCGCCACCAGCCUGCAGGCCGUCUGCUCCCAGAUGCUGGUGCAGCGGCAGAACACCCGGGCCCUGGUGACCGGCCUGGCGCUGGAGCCCGCCAAGAUGGUGGAAAUUCCCUUCCAAGUGGAGUUCCCGGCCCCCAAGACGGAGCUGGUGCAGAAGUUCCAGGUGUCCUACCUGGGCAGCGCGCCCGUUGCCCGGCCUGUGGGCAUGGACGUGAUCAACGCAGCCCUGGACUUGGCACUGGCGGCCCCCAGCCGGGACCACUGGACCCCCAGCCACGUCCACGUGGCCCCUGCCACGCUCAGCGUGACCCAUGCACAGACGGAGGCUGUGCUGUGCGAGUGCCGGGUGCGAUUUCUCUCCUUCAUGGGCGUGGGCCGGGACGUUCGCUCCUUCGCCUUCAUCACGGCCAGCGCCCCGGGCGCCUUCCGUUGCCACAUGCUCUGGUGCCAGCCCAACGCCGCUGGGCUCAGCGAGGCCCUGCAGGCCGCCUGCAUGGUGAGCCCCCGACCCCCUGCCCACCAUCGUCCCAUCCCUGCCCCCCGGGGCCCUGUCCCUGCCCCCCGGGCGCCUUCCACUGCCACAUGCUCUGGUGCCAGCCCAACGCCGCUGGGCUCAGCGAGGCCCUGCAGGCCGCCUGCAUGCUGCGUUAUCAGAAGUGCCUCGACGCCCGGCCCCAGGCCCCCAGCUCCUGCCUGCCGGCGCCGCCCGCAGACUCCAUGGCCCGGCGCGUGGGCUCCACCGUCCGCAGGGGUGUCCGCACCCUGCUGGGCAGCCUGAAACCCCAACGCCUGGGGGUGCAGACGCCGUGAGACCCCCCUGCACGCGGUGCCCCGGCCUCUGCCCACAGCGCCUGGGCUGGGCCCUGAGGGGGAUCCUGGCUCAGCCCCUCCCCCCGCAUGGGACCUGCUGGUUAGUGCUGGGGGCCAGGGGCGCGGCCCCGGGAGCCGCUGGCACGAGGUGGGUGUUGUACAAACUCGUUAAUAAACCGCCCUGCCCGCCC